GCCCGCAGGCGGGAGGGCGACGGCUGCCGGCGGGCUGCGGCCAUGGGGGCGAGCGGGGCGCCGAGCCCCCGGCUCUGCCAGGGCGCCGAGCCCCGGGGGGGCCGGGAGGGGCGGGGAGGGGCAGGGGUCUGGGGAGGGGGGGCUGCCCUCCCCGCGCCUAGUCUUGCCUCCUCUCUCCCUCUCUCCGUCUCUCUGUCUCCCUCCUGAUGUUUGAUCCCGCCGCGGCGCCCGCAGGGAUGAGCGAUGGAGGGGCCGAGCCUGGCAGGAGCCCCGUGCUGCUGGCCGAGCCCGGAGCCGCCGGCCGGGCCCGGGAGAAGGCACCGACCCGGGCGGAGCUGGAGAACGCGCUGCGCGGCGGCGGAGGCUUCAAGGACAUCCCGGGAACGUCGGCGGUCAGCCCCGGCUCCUCCAAGGAGUGCGCCCCGGACACCGAGAGCCCGCCGGGACCCGGCGAGGCGGACUACUGCCGCCGCAUCCUGGUGCGAGAUGCCAAAGGGACGAUUCGGGAGAUCGUCCUCCCCAAGGGCCUGGACCUGGACCGGCCCAAGCGGACGCGGACGUCCUUCACGGCGGAGCAGCUCUACCGCCUGGAGCUGGAGUUCCAGCGCUGCCAGUACGUGGUGGGCCGCGAGCGGACCGAGCUAGCGCGGCAGCUCAACCUCUCCGAGACCCAGGUCAAGGUCUGGUUCCAGAACCGGCGCACCAAGCAGAAGAAGGACCAGAGCAGGGACUCUGAGAAGCGCUCCACCACCACCUCCGAGUCCUUCGCCACCUGCAACAUCCUCCGGCUGCUGGAGCAAGGCCGGCUCCUCUCCGUCCCGGCCCCCCCCAGCCUCCUGUCCCCCACCUCCCACCCCGUCGGGAGUCCUGCGGGCAGCGGGUCCGGCGUGGCCACCCCGGGAACCACCUCACCGGGGCUGGGCGGCCGCAGCAGCCCCCCCGGCACCGGAGCCUUCAGCCUGCAGGUCCCUGCCCUCGCCACCUCCUCUUCCUCUUCCUCCUCCUCCUCCUCUUCCUCAGCCAGGCUGCCCGCGGCCCCGCUGUGCUUCGGGGCACCGCUGCUGGGCAGCCUGCACGACCUGCCGGGCGCUUACGGACUGGGCAGCUCCGCUUUUGAGCCUUACACGCGGCUGGAAAGGAAAGACAAUUCUAUACCCAGCAAGAAGCCGAGCCCUUAAACGAAAACGAGUGUCAAAAAGGCGUCCUGCCCCCCUCCGCCCCCACGCACCCCACACGGGGCUUGUUUCGCGAGUGGGGUUGGAAAGACUUCUACCAAAUGGCCGGGUGCUGUGCGUGUGUGUGCGUGGACACCCGGCCCCCUCCGUAGGAACUAAGAUCCCACCGAGGACUACACCACCCACCUCCUCUCCCUAGGGCUGACACCGAGCCUGGUCACCGCUGCCUGGGUGCCCGGGUGUCCCGUGUCACCGGCGCUGCCACGUCCCCUUCCCACGCCGCUGGAUCCACCGGGGCCACCUCCCCUUCCAGGUACCCCCCGGGCAGGGCUUGCAGGACGAUGCUGUGGUCUCUGCUGCGGGAGAGGAGCAGCCCCCGGGGGUGGGCUGGGGGUGCUGACGCCCUGUGGACGUCUCCUGCCGUUUGCUCACGUCCCACGGAGCGGCACGGGUGAAACCGCAGA